AUGGCUGGACCACCAUGCUCGCUGAUGGUAAAUGCUUGCCAGUCGGUACACCGCCGUUCUGAAUGGCGGCUGGAAGGCGAUACCAGGUGGUUCAAAGUCCGGAUGAGCAACCGCAUUUGGAAGAACUUUGCAGUGGUUCUCAAGGCCAUCAUCCAUCGGGGUGUCUUCAUAUGCGUUGAGCAGCCUGCUCAAUCAUGGGCCCUGAAACAAGAGUACUUUCGUGAACUCAUCAAAAUCGGGAACAUGACGACAACAACGACAUGGAUGGCGUUCUAUAACCAUGACCUCUUGAAGGCAACACACCUUCUUUCCAAUUGUAGGGCUAUCCAGAGCAUGAGGAAGGUCAUGACCAAGAAGGACCGAAAGCAUUUCAAUGCGAGGUUUGAAAAGCGCAAUCGCAGGCGUGCAAACCCUCGCGUCUACCAUUCAGUGGUUCAGAAGCGGGACGGGUCAAAGGGCUGGCAGGGUGGCCCACACCUGGCGUCCAGUGCCGAGUACACGUCCUCUUUUUGCUUGGCAGUCUACCAAUGCUGGCUUGAAGCGCAGCCAGCACAGCCUGCACAGCCUUGA